AUGGCGCUAGGUUGGGGCGAGCGGCAGUUGCGCCGCGUACGCGCUGAACUUGCAUCGGAACGGGUGCUGGCGCACUUUGAUCCCGAGGCGCGGCUUGUACUUACCGUAGACGCCGGGCCCACCGGUCUCGGGGCGUACAUUAGCAGUGAAAAAAAUGUGGUGGCGGAUUAUUUUUCCAGGGCGCCGGUUUCAGAUGUAGUAUGCAAAAGCGACAAAGAAUUCGACGCAUACAGUGCCAUAAAUUUUUUAGACGCGACCUCGUCGGCGGUGUUGUAUAACGAUGUGGAACAGGCAACUAAAAAUGAUAAAACAUUACAAACGGUGAUCAAAUAUAUGAACGUCGGUUGGCGAAAAAUUAAAUGUAAAAGUAUUACUCCAUAUUUUCUAUGUAGAACUGAUUUACAAUUUGAAAAUGGUGUGCUAUUGCGAGGUCAUAAGGUAGUUAUUCCCUUAUUAUUGCGUGAAAGAAUGUUGCAGGAGUUACACAGUACACAUUUAGGUAUAGUGAAAAUGAAAUGUAAUGCGCGCGGUAGAAUGUGGUGGCCAGGUAUAGACAGUGAUAUCGAACACUGGAGCGGCGCGUGCGAACAAUGCAUGAGUGUGCGCCCCUCACCCCCUCGCGCCCCGCCCGCGCCCUGGCCGCGGCCGCCCGCGCCCUGGUGUCGCAUUCACAUUGACUACCUGUUUAUAGGGCAACGGGUAUCCCUAGUAGUAAUCGACGCAUUUUCUAAAUGGCUUGAGUGUAUUCAUAUGAAUGCCGGCGUCAGUACUCAAGCACUCAUAAUAAAAUUAAAACAGAUUUUCUCAGUGUUCGGUAUACCUAACACAUUAGUUUCGGAUAAUGAUGUUAAAAUAAACUGUAAAGAAUUUAAAGAUUUUUGUUCCAGUAAUGGUAUUGAAUAUAUUACGUCACCAAUUUAUCACCCAUGUAGUAACGGUCAAGUGGAAAACUCUGUUCGAACUUGCAAAAAAAUGUUAAAAAUUAUUUUAAAAGAAAAUUUAAACCACUGUUAUCUAAAGGAAAAAUUAUAUUUGUUCGAAUACAGAAAUACUAUACAUUGUUCUACAGGUCAAUCACCCGCAAAAUUAAUGUUUGGUAGAAAUUUAAGAUCAAGACUUGAUUUAAUACUUCCUAAAGUAAGAAAAACAUCUGAUAAUAAUAAUGACGUAGUUGAAACAAACUGCAGACAUUUUAAAAAGGGUGACAGGGUACUGGUACGUUGGUAUAGCGCUAGGAAGGAACAUUGGAAAGUAGGCGUAGUCGAAGAAAUUAUUGGGAAUAGGUUAUUUAAGAUAUAUAUUCACGAUAUAAAUACUAAAUGUAUUAGACACUUGGACCAAAUACUACAGUAUAAAGGCAAAAUAAAUAUGGAUUGUAAAAAAAAGCCGGAGAAUAGUACAGCUCGUUCCGUGUACGGAUACGGUGCUUCUUCAUUUUCACCACCCCUCACUGUGUCACAAACACAACAGUUGGUUGAUCCCAAACCUUCUGUAGUGAUGAGGGGGGAAAAUAUCGAGGUACUGCCCUCAAAUGAAGAAAAUAGGGUUCUUUGUGAUGAUAGUGACUGUAGGGUUACGGAACGUGUGGAUGAGGAUUCGACGCAACAAGAAUCCGCGGCUCAAAUACCGCAUGCCACAUCUACUUUUCAACCGGUGUCUAUGCAAUCAUCACCCGGACGUUCCAAAAGGCCCCGAAAGAAAGUAGACUAUACUGUAUAUUUUAAGUAA